UGAUUAAGGCGGUCCACAGACAGCAGACACCUACCACGUUUUGUUUAAUGCUCGUCUGUGUAUGCUGAGCUAGUAGUGGAGUGUGCAGUACAUUUUACAGAUCUACCGGUGUUUUACAUUCCAUCUGCUGGACGUGUUUAAAAGCCAUGGCCGAACCGAUACGUGCGUUGUGCGAUGAGCUUAUAAAGGCUGUGAAUGUGAUGAUGGAGGCAGAAUCAAGCCAAACAUACCGCCUGGAGGCCCUAAAGUUUAUUGAAGAGUUCAAAGAGAAAAGUCCCUUCUGUGUUGAAUGUGGUCUUCAGUUAGCGGAGAAAUCACAGACUGCAGUGGUCAGACACUUUGGACUGCAGAUACUGGAGCAUGUAGUCAAGUUUAAGUGGAAUGACAUGGCACCACAAGAAAAGCUCCAGCUGAAAAACUGCACUAUGGGCCUGUUGUCAGAUGGUACACAUCCAAUUCUGCAAGAGGAAUGUCAUGUUAAGGAUGCCCUCUCACGCAUAGUUGUUGAGAUGAUCAAGAGAGAGUGGCCGCAGCACUGGCCUGACAUGCUUAAGGAGAUGGAGGCCCUUACUGCUAUGGGGGACGCUCAGACGGAACUUGUAAUGCUUGUCCUACUGCGGUUAGCUGAGGAUGUGAUCACAUUUCAGACGUUACCCACUCAAAGACGGCGAGAUAUCCAGCACACCCUUACACAGAAUAUGGACAGUAUCUUCACCUUCCUGCUUGGCAUACUGCAGCUCCAUGUGAAUGAGUACAAGAAGAUGAAAUGCAUUGCUGGUCAGGAAUUGAAGGCAAAAGCUCACUGGCGAGUUGGUGUAGCCACUCUCAAUACUCUGGCUGGCUACAUUGAUUGGGUUGCUCUGGUCCACAUCACCAAUGAUAACUGCCAUCUUUUGGAGAUCUUGUGCCUGUUGCUGAGCGAACCUGAGCUUCAGUUGGAGGCUGCAGAGUGUCUGCUAAUUGCCAUUAGUAGGAAAGGAAAGUUAGAGGAGAGGAAGCCAUUUAUGGUACUCUUUGAUGAAGUUGCCAUGAACUACAUCCUGUCUGCUGCACAGUCAGCUGGUGGUGCAGCUCUCUGUAACCAAUCAUCAGGCGGCAUUGUGGAAAGAAGAUACACUUUUUUGAAGAGGCUGUGUCAGGUUCUCUGUGCCCUGGGUAGCCAAAUCUGCUCUCUAGUGGGUUCCGAUUUUGAAGUACAAGUUCCUCUUAAUCUGGAUAAAUACAUGGAAGCUCUUUUCGCCUUCACUACUCAUCCUAGCCAGCUUCUGAGGUCGUCCACGCAAAUGACCUGGGGAAACCUAUUCCGACAUGAAAUUUUAUCAAAGGAUCCUGUAGUUGGCCAGAUGGCGAUAAAAUAUUUAAGAGCGGCAAGGAUCAGUCUUGUUAAAACUGGAUUUCCCUCCAAGAAUGAUUGUCCAGGUUGUGAAUUCUCUAGAGUGGACUUUGAUAGUGAUGAAGAUUUCAACUGCUCCUUUAAUUCUUUCAGGGCUCAGCAGGGGGAAGCAGUUCGUCUGGCUUGUAAAAUUGUCCCAUUUGAGGCCUUCCAAAUUGCAAGGGAAUGGGUGCAGUAUCAGAUCUGCACACCUAUAGAUACUGGAAAUACAACAUCGGUUCAGUGGGAUGCCAUGACAUUCUUCACAGAAAGUGUGCUUGGACAGCUCUUUAAAAUUCUUGAAAAGGAGAAAAUUCCCAUAGAUGAGGGUAUGGAGCUGCUGCAGAUGGUUGUAAACUAUGAGACAAGAGAUCCUCUCAUUCUGUCCUGUGUUCUUACCAUCAUAUCCACUCUCUUUCCCUUCGUCACACACCAACCACACUUCCUGCCUCAAGUACUCUUUAAGAUAUUUCCUUCCAUCACAUUUGAAUUGGUUGAAGAUUGCAAGGCACCUCGAACGCGAGCUGUUAAGAAUCUCAGAAGACAUGCCUGUUCUUCCAUCAUUAGGAUAUGUCGAGAUUAUUCAGAUUUUAUGCUGCCGUGCUUUGACAUGAUGUAUGAGCAUGUGAAAAAGUUGUUCUCCAGUGAGCUGCUGCUGACACAAAUGGAGAAGUGUGCUCUUAUGGAAGCCCUGAUAUUAAUCAGCAAUCAGUUUAAAGACUAUAACAAGCAGAAAGCCUUUCUGAAAGAACUCAUGGCACCUGUUACUGCACAGUGGCUGUCAGAGGAGAUGAAGAGUGUGUUAUUGGACCCUGCUACCUUCUUGGCAUAUGUUGGUGCUGAUCAGGUGAUCAGUGAUGCUGACACAGAGGAUCAGAUGGGUAUCAACAGGUCACGGAUUAGUUUUUGUGUGAACACCAUACUUGGGGUUGUAAAGCGUGCUCGUUGGCCUGCUAAUCCUGAGGAGGCAAAAGCAGGAGGCUUUGUGGUUAGCACAACCUCUGAUGGGGCCCCUAUCUACAGAAACCCUUGUGCGGAGCCCCUGCAGGCCUUGCUGCCUAACCUUUUUGCUCUCAUCAGGACCCAAAAUAACCUGUUCUUGCCAGAGAACAUCAACCGGCUUAGCAAGACUUUUACAAGGGUCUAUGAUAUUAUGGAUGUGGAGAAGAAUUUUGCUUUAGGAAUUCCUCAACCACUUUUAGAUGCCUACGACUCUUCAGCAUACAGAAACAUUGCUGAACGCAUGCAAGGCUUCUUCUCCUCACUCUAUGAUAACUGUUACCACGUGCUUGGGAAUGCAGGUCCUUGCAUGCAGCAAGACUUUUAUGCAAUAGAAGGCUUGGCAGAGCAGAUUGUUGGUUCUGCAUUUACCCAUCUAGACAGUGUUCCAGACCACAGGCUCCGCCCCUUAGUUCGUCUGUUCAUGAAGCAGCUGGUGAUGUCCUGUCCUCAUGAUUAUUAUGACAGCCUCCUCAAUCCUUUGCUGGGCCCACUGUUUACCUAUCUGCUGCAGAGACUGAACUUUCGGUGGCAGAUCAUCAACCAACGGACCAGUCUGUGUGCUCAGGAGGAGGAUGAGGCCUACGAAGAGAACCAUGUCACUCAGGAAGUGGUGGAAGAGCAGCUGUUGCGGCUGGUCACACGGGAAGUCAUGGACCUUCUAAGUGUGACUUGCAUUACAAGAAAAUUUCCAGAGCUAUCUGCAAACAAAGAGGAAGUAGAUGCUAUGCUCAAAAGCACAGGGACUAAGGUGCAGAACAGUGGUAGCAGUGCUGUGGACUGGUACUAUGAUAUAUAUAUGACUCUCCUGACUAUAUGUUUUAACUCCCUUUCCUGGAAAGACACUAUAAACUGUCAACGGUGUGCUAGUGUGCUUUGCUGGACUUUGCUAAAACAGGUGCUUGGCUGUAACCUUCUCCCGGAUGCUGUGACAUGGCUCUACACCAGUGUACUGAAGGGUCUGCAGAUGCAUGGACAACAUGAAGGCUGCAAUGCUGCGCUAACUCAGCUGGCCUUGCUCAUCUACGAGUCUCUAAGGCCUCGAUACAAUGAGCUGCGUUUCAUCAUGAAUCAGAUCCCUGAUAUCCAUGUUGAGGCCCUGGAGCAGUUUGAUCAGAAGACCAUACAAUCCACUGUAUCAAAGGCAGGAGAGAAGAAAAAGAGGGAGCAGUUUAAAAGGCUCAUUGCAGGCACUGUUGGGAAACCCCUUGGACAGCAGUUUAAGAAGGAAGUACAUAUCCGAAACCUUCCAUCUCUGUUUAAGAAGCCAAAGCCUACGAGAGAUAUACUGGAGAACACUGAUACUGCAGGUCUGAUUACCCUAUUCUCUUCUGACCAUGACAAUUGCUGAGAGAAUCACAGUUUCACAAUACCCUCACUUCAUUGCCAUUGAAACUCCUCUGUGUAGUACAGUAUCCGUCUGAAAGGGCUUUUUGGGGCAUGAAUGGUUUAUUGAAAUGAGGAAAGACGACAAGGACUUUUGUGUUUAAUAUUAUUUGGAUGUACAUUUUUUUUUCUCUUCUUUUGUAUGGUUUUUUGGUAAUAUAUCUGUAUCAUUUAAUGAAUAACAAAAAAUUGCUGUAAGAGCACCUCAUUG